CAGAGUUCAGCUCAGUCGAAGCAGGAGCAAGAAGAGGGCAGGCAGCGGAGGGAUCGCUUUCGGCUUUAUUAUGCUCAAUUUGAUCGGCGAUUGCCAAGCAAAGCGGUCGGACUCAUGGUGAAGAGAAGGAAGACGUGUUCCACCUCCGAAGAGCUCGAAAAUGGCAUGACACUGGGCUCCAGGGAGGGGAUCGGUGUCGAUAGGAAGCCGAAUCCGACCAGAAAGCUCGAAGGCUGCGACGAGGAGGAGAGCGGAGAGCAGGCGAGCGACGAGCGCAGUACAAAGGGAGAGGAGCGAGUGGAAAUUCUUAAUCCAUCAGCCACGGGUCCCAGCUCCGGUCCGGUCCCGGUCCUCCCCGGAUCCCCGCCGAACCGGACCGGAGCGGGUUCGAACCAGCAGCCCCAGAGCUCCGCGGAAUCCACCCCUCCGUGUCACGACCAGCAUCAUUUUCUGCGAUCGAGCGUCCGACCUCCCAGCAAACGGAUACGGAAGGAUUCAAUCGGAUCCACCAUCAAUGGACACGGCGGGGCAAAAUCGAAAGGGGCAGAAAAUGGUUCCUCUUCCCACGGGGCAGUGGGACAAUCUGUGGCCAGCUCCACAGGAGGCGUUUCCAAGACGCCUAAGGGGGGCCAGGGGUCUGCUGAGAAAGAGGAGCAAGGUGGGAAUCAGAAGAGAGCCCGUCGGCAGUGGGAGUCGUGGAGUGCGGAGGACAAAAACAGCUUCUUCGAGGGGCUCUAUGAGCACGGGAAGGAUUUCGAGGCAAUCCAGAACAACAUUGCCAUGAAGUACAAAAAGAGGGGAAAGCCGGCCAACAUGGUGAAGAACAAAGAGCAGGUCCGCCAUUUUUACUACCGCACCUGGCACAAGAUCUCCAAACACAUCGACUUUGCCAACGUUUACUCCCGUGUUUUGAAAAAAUCGUCCCAAGAGCUGUACGGCCUCAUCUGCUACGCUGAGCUGCGCAAAAAAGUCGGAGGACUGAUGGAUGAGAAGAACGUGGCAAAGCUGAAUGAACUCAUCCAGCAGGGAGCCACCACCGUGCGCUCUAAGGGGAGAAACCUCCGAAUCAAAGCCCCCAUGUGUCGAGCACUGAAGAAACUCUGCGAUCCAGACGGGGUGAGCGAUGAAGAAGAUCAGAAGCCGGUUCGUCUCCCUCUGAAGGUGGCAGUGGAGCUUCAACCUCGCAGUAACCACUCCUGGGCCCGUGUUCAGAGCUUAGCCUACAAUCCCCGCCUCAGGAUGGUGGUGGAGCUCCACAGGAAAGUCUCCUGCCUCAUCGAGUAUCUCAAACAGAAGUGGGCGUACCAAGACCAGCGAAUUCUGAAGAGUCUCAUGGAGAGGGAGGCUCUAGAGGGCAGCAGCAGCCUGGACUCCCCCAGCAAAGCUCAUCAGCAGGAGCUCACUCUGUUCCCCGCCGAGAGCAGCACCCUGACCAUGCUGCCUGGCGUGGCUCGGGUGGUCCACUCCAAGGCCUCUUGCACCGUCCAUUGGUUAGAGAGCGGCAAGAGCCGACCCAAUGCCAAGGAGCUGCCAGCGGUCCAGAUCCUGGGCAUCCAAAGUGCUCCCCCUCUGCGGGGUGGCAGCAAAUCGGGACGGGGAGGUUCUACUGCUGUCGCUGUCAACGCUUCAGCGGCCAUCCAAGCUGACGGCCGCCGGACUGAGCCCCCCAACCCUGAACCAUCUCUGGACGGUUCCGGAAAGGUAGAGGAGAAGAAACCUCUGCCUGUUUCUGUUUCCUGUCAGCAGACAGAAGAGGGCAAUGGGACGGGUUCUACAGAGACUGGCCUGGAGGUCAACGGCGGUGCAGAAACCCAAUCAGAGCAGUGCAAAGAGGAGCAGCAGUCGGGCGGCUCUUCUUCAGAUUUAACCCAGGCUCCGUCAGCGAAACCCGCGGUGACCAGCUUAGAGGAGAACGCGUCGCAGGGCGCCGCACCGCCGGCUAAAGAACGCAGCGUGGAACAGAUCAGAGAGGAGGGCUGGAGCGCCCGCGACGCCGAGAACGUCACCCUGGCCGAGCUCUAUCUGAUGUUCGGGAAGCCGGGGAAGCUGCAGCUGGAGUACGAGUGGCAGCCGGCUGCAGUUCCUUCCAGCAACCAGGAGAACGGGCAAGCUCCAGAGACGCCCAAACCCAACAGGACACACAGGGUUCUACGCUGCUUGCUGAAGCUGGUUUCCACCGAGAUCAACCCUAAACCUCUGGCUCCAGAGGUGUGCUCCACCGCCACGUCUCCUCUUAAGGCUGGUCCGGAUGAGCAGAACCAGACGCUAACGCCUCCAGGGAAGAGUCCGGUCGCAGGCGUCCGCAGCCCCAGCUUCGGCCGGCAGCAGGCGUCCGUCCGGGGCACCAGGACCCACCCGCCAAACGCAGCUGCUGCCUCUGGUGGGCGGAACCUGCCUCGGUCUCUGCUGGGAUCGCCUGGCGACGGCGAGGGCAGCGUGUUCGCCGUUCCCACCACGCUGCCCCCCAACAGCUCGCGGCACAGCCGGAUGUUCUCCCCCAACAAGGAGGCCCAGCUAGCCUUCAGGCAGCAGCUGGACUCCAUCAGCAUGCAGUCAGAUCUUUUUCUUUCCAGACAGAGAAAACCUCGGAAUAGACAGCUUCGGAAACCUCUCGUAGUUCAGCGAACCCUUCUGCCCAGGACGACAGGAGACACUCCUCAGCACGUCUGCUCCUUCUCCAUUCUCUCCAACUCCUCCGCUACUGGAACCGGAUCCUUCCGGCCAAUCAACACUCGCCUGGCUCCGUCCUCCCGCCCUCCCGUGACCAAAACUUCACCUUCUGCGUCCAGCUCAGCAGCACCCAACCAGCUCUCCAACGCUCUCUCGGGUGCCAUCGACCUGGCAGCGAAGUCCGCAGGCAUCAUCCCAGGCAGCCCCUGCCGGGACUUGGAUUCUCUGGCUGUCAACGCUGCCGUCCUCGCAGCAACACCCAUUGUUGAUGCUGCACCAGACACUCGGCUCCUCCAGCAAAAUGUCCCAGUGAACGGUCUGCCGCCUCCGUCUCCUGGCGGGGCAGGCAGCGGGGACUCCCUCCUCUCCCCACCCAGCGUCGCCUCGCUCCUCGACAUCUCUCUGCCCGGCCCCCCUGAAGAGGCCCUCACCCCCGGCGAGCCCCAAACACACAUCAGUGACUCCAUAAUCGAGCUCGCCAUUAACUCAACAAACUACGGUGAAGAGGCUGCUCUGUCUCCAGCCAAGCUGGGUAACGGUGACCCCUCCAAGCUGUUGGCCUCGUCUCCCUCAGUCAGCCCGUCCAGGGGCUGGAUCCCGUCGCCUAGCCACGACCCCCAGUGGUACCCCAGCGACUCUUCAGACUCCACGCUGGGCUGCCUCCUAUCCAGCAUGGUUUCCCCUGAUAAGAGCAGGCGGACCACCCUCACCCCCUCUGGCCCCUCAAGCGGCACCGCUUUGCUCGGUCCUAGUCUCCUGGACUGCAACUCCCAUGACUCCUUUCAGUCCCGUGGCCUUCCAGAUGUGGCAGAGAUGGACACUCAGCUUGCCUGCAUGAUGAGCGAGAGCAGCGUGGACUACAUCGCUCGCUUCAAUGACCUGGCUCAGGAGCUGGCCGUCACCGAGCCCUCCAUCCCUCCUCCGUGAUGAACAGAGCCAUCUGGAGGACGCACGACUGUCCCUCCACCUCGGAUUGCCGUGGAGACAGCCUGAAAGCCCCCUCAAAGCCAUCCCUGCCCUGGAGUAUAAGUGCAAUAAUAACAGAGAAACCUGAACUCUGGUUUCCUCUGAACUGUUCUUUAAGGUAAAAGGAAAGAAAAAAAAAAAAACACACCCUUUAAAAUCAUAUACACUUUAGAUGAAUCACCGUGUUUACAAAACACAGCCUCAUCUUCUAGAAGAAUACUAUGCCAUAUCCGAACAAAACUAUUUCCACCAGUCUCUCUCAUCCGCCUCCGUAUGUCUCGUGCGUUUUUCUACUCUUACAUCGACCCCCGAAAAUGUGGAAAUCCAUCAAAAUGUGCAGGAGCCCAACCUGAAGUGUGGUUUAUUUCUUUCUUUCUAACAUCUAGCAGUGAGUCAUAGGUUGAACACGAUGAGGUACUCGCUCUAAUUAAGUUGUAGACGUGUAGCACAAACCAGCAACGGCGUCCAUCGUUGUGCUCCGCAUUUCACACGUUCUUCAUAUCAGUUCAAGUUUUCUCGCUCUGUUUGAACCUGGCUUCAUUUCUUAGAGUCGCUCACCGAAUGGCAGCUUGUUAAUUAGGUGAUAUUUUUGUAGCUUGCCGGCUUGGAAUCAGAUGAGAUGAGCUACUUUGUCAGUAUUUUGCAGAUCACAACAAAAAAAAACAACUAAAUGUUCAAAUAGCAGUGUCAGUUGUCAGAUGGUUUGCUGUUGGAAUGAAGCUGAAAAGACAAAUUUCGGCUUUUUAUUUUAUUUUUUUUUACAUUUCAUUAGCUGGCGCUUUAUUUUAUACGAAUUGUGCAGGUUUUGUAUGCUUUUUCCGAUAUGGACGCACCUGGACUAUUGAGAUUAUCUACUUCUGUGGUGCUUUCCCCCCGCCCCAUCAGCCAUGUUUCUGUUUAGUUUACACUUAGCUGAAAAAGCGUAAAAGCAAACAGUCAGAAGAAUGUAACUGGAUCAAACACUAAAGCCAUAGUAGAUUCUUAACUUAAUUUAAGGUUUUCCCCCCCUUUUUCCCUGAAGGUUGAUUCCCCUUUGACUGUUACUAAAUUAUACUAAAACACUAUAGCUAAAAUCAACAUGAUUGACUUUCUGAACUUGUUUGUAUUUUGACAUCAUGUCACUCUAAUUAAGAUAACAGGUUCCUCUUUAUCCAUGCAGUGUUUUAUAACAUGCAUCUUGCUGUUAGCCCACAGUUGGUGCAUUCAGGGUUCAUAUUUGCGGACAUCUUCUGCGCGGCAUCAUACGUUAAGAGUACAAACUGCAGGACAGCUUUUGUUUUUUCACUCCACAAAAGUAAUUUGAAGACGUCGCGUUUCUUUUAGCGCCUCAGUGGCUUUGACUUCACAUUGUAGAAGCUCUGCGAUGUGGAGGACAUCAAAAAUUAGCUUCAUUUUGUGACACUCUAUAUAUGUAUAAGGAAUAAAUGGCAGGUUUUGUAUUUUAAUCUGGAACGUUUUGUCUUUUUCUGUUGAAGGAUUUGUACAAAUGUUAAUUCCAAUAUUCUCUGCGCCUGUGUAACAUAAUGAAAAAAAUGAUAUUUGGACUAUUUAUUAACAUUUCUUAAAGUGUUUUUCUCUGUUUAACUUAAUAUUAAGGUGUCAUCUUAAAAGGAUAAACCUGUUUUAAGUUUUGUAAGAGCUGUUUUUAUUCAGUGUAUAAAGAUAGAUGCAACA